CAUACGGCCGUAUGCCCUCACUCCUACUCCCAGUCAUAAUCAGCUCUCGACUCGGCCUCGGGAACAAGACAAAUUUCGGAUAACGGCAAGUAAAUCUUCAUAGUCUACACCAUAUUAAAGGUCGAGGCUAAAUCAAAAGUUAGAGAUACGUUACUUCAGAAACAAUGUCGCGUCAAUUCGACUUCAGAAAGUUUACUUUGAUCCGGAUGAAACUUCGCGAAAUUCACACUGGGAAUGAACGGGUGGACAAGGUCGUGCACGCCUUAACUAACGGCAGAGCAGCCAGUGCCAUGACCGCCUACGAACAAAUUAUAGGCAUCGGGGAUGUGAAGGCAGCUCAGAAUAGAGUAACAGAGGUAGAGAAAGAGUUUCUCAAAGUACGAGAGGAAGUAGCUGAAGCAGGUAGGGAAGUGAGUGGUCUCCAAACAAAGCUUCAUAGUUUGAGAGGAAAACUGGACCGUACUCCCAGAGAUGACCCUAAGUUCCUUGAACUAGCUACUGAAGAACACUCCAUGCUACAAGCUGAAACUCGUCUCAAGGAGAAAUUCCAAAAAGUAGAAGCAAGAGAAAGAGACACCUUUUCCCAUCUCUCUAAUGCUGUUCGGGAGAGCCAUGAGAAACAAAGGGCUCAAGAGGAACGUACAAAAUACUGGUCAGUGAUAGGCUCUGUCAUAGGGACCCUUAUAGGUAUCAUAGGCUCAUCCAUUGUGAAUCAGAAACGUAUGCAUGAAUUACGAACAUUGGUCUCUGAGCUUAGUGCUGGAGACCUUGGAUCAGGGAGCUCCCGUCAAGAACUUGCUGCUAUUGUUCAACAACUCAAGGAAUCUUUGGGUCAGGGCAGUGAUGCCAUGCAGCAUCCAGAUGUAAAGAACAGUAUGAACCAUACACUAGAGAGGCACGAUGAGCUGUUGAGUCAACAGCUGAAGGCUAUUGAGAAGUUGAUGGAUGAAAGGAAUCGUAAACUGAGUGAUCAGAUCAAAGGUAUGAGGAGAAUGACUGAUGUUGGCUUGGUUAGUGACACAGGCACAUUUGAGGAGUUAUUAAGUGAUACAGAACAGAAACUAGAAUGGGAGAUGAAAAUGAGUACAUUAUCAACAGUAGUCUUUAUUUAUGGUGCAUUUGCUUUAACUCUACCUAUAUUGUAUAGUAUAUUCAAGUGAUAUCAGAGUCUGUAUUAGUUGCUGUAUGUAGAUCCUGAGACCUCACCGAUUCAUUGCUAAAUAUAGUAUUUUAACUUGUAAUACUCUGAAUGCAAUUACUUGGGUCUAUGAUGAGUCAGACUGAUUUAAAUAAAAAAGGACUAUUGUCCAGGAAUGCCACUUUUCAGACAAAUGAAAGGAUGUAUUAAGAUCCUAUUUAUAUUUUUACCAUUGAAAACAUUUUUAAUGUAUUUAAUACAUUUAGAAAUGACUUUAAUGGGCAUCCCUGUAUUUUCUCACUCCUUUUUUCAGUUAAAUCAAAUUGUUUGUUAUUACAAAAAUUCAAAGAGUAUCGGUAUGUUUUGCUUUGCAAAGUUUUAUCCCACAAUGUUUCCAGGUGCUGCAUACUAAAUUACCCUGGCUGUGUAGCUAGGCUACCCUUGCUGUGUAGCUAGGCUACUCUGGCUGUGUAGCAAGGCUAACCUGGCUGUGUAGCUAGGCUACCCUGGCUGUGUGGCUAGGCUACCCUGGCUGUGUAGCUAGGCUACCCUGGCUGUGUGGCUAGGCUACCUUGGCUGUGUAGCUAGGCUAACCUGGCUGUGUAGCUAGGCUACCCUGGCUGUGUGGCUAGGCUACCCUGGCUGUGUGGCUUGGCUACCCUGGCUGUGUGGCUAGGCUACCCUUGCUGUGUGGCUAGGCUACCCUGGCUGUGUGGUUAGGCUACCCUGGCUGUGUGGAUAGGCUACCCUGGCUGCGUGGUUAAGCUACCCUGGAUGUGUGGCUAGGCUAACCUGGCUGUGUGGCUAGGCUACCCUGGCUGUGUGGCUAGGCUACCAUGGCUGUGUAGCUAGGCUACCCUGGCUGGGUGGAUAUGCUACCCUUGCUGUGUAGCUAGGCUACUCUGGCUUUGUAGCAAGGCUAACCUGGCUGUGUAGCUAGGCUACCCUGGCUGUGUAGCUAGGCUACCCUGGCUGUGUAGCUAGGCUACCCUGAUCAGGCGCACUGUAUUUAAGCAUUCAAUGAAUAACUUGCAACUUGGUACCAAUUUACUACACCGGGGUGGAGAUUGCCGAAUGUAGAUAAAAACUUUGCCAAAUGACACAUGGUGCUGUUGGAAUUAAACCUUGCAUUCAUGGUGGACUGCUUUGAGAGAUGGAUCAUACUGUUCUUUUAUAUUGAUGAUACAAUAAGAAGCAUCUAUCUACAGUAGGCCUUCAGUGAAUACAGUGUAACAUCUUUGAAUAAAUACAAGUUAACUACUACAUGUGUAAUGUUCUGCAAUAUACAUAAUUUUUUUUUCAAUUUAAUGUGCAAUUUUCUAAUAAAUGCAGAUUUUUCUUUGAAUUAUAAUCCAAUUGAAUACAGACCAUUUUUUGGCCAACAUCACCACCAAAUAAGUUCUGUAUAUCGACACAAAAAAAGCUAAUUUUAAUUUUCAUUUGUGAUUUUGCAAUACCGGUACUUCAUGUAUUUUUUAACAAGCGAAAUGGAUUAAUAUCACAGCACUUUAGAUUUACAAAUCAUAUGAUUGCAUUACAAACAAUUGAGAUACAUGAAUUAAGUCACAAGAAAUGUAUUCUUUUGUUUUGGAAAUAAUGAUGAUAUUAUGCUUCAUGUACUAAUUUGUCUAUUUGUUUAUGAAAUUAUAAAUUCUGUUACUUAAUUCUGUCCUCAAUCUCGGCUUAAAUAAUUGUAUACUUGUUCUGCAAACAUCCCUUUUCACUUUGUAAUUGUAUAUUCUCCUGUAAAUUGAUUGUAAACUUUUUUUGUUGAAAUGCCGAAUAAAAUAAUAAUAA